AACAGAGAAGGGUGAGAUUGCUAGUGAAUGGGAUAUCUUAGCUCGGUUUCUACCCCUUCAAGACCGCGUGCUGCGAUUCUCGAAAACGACCUUUGUUAGCUCCCCCCGCAAUCGCGUCUACGCCGAACAAUGCCCGAUUUCGCUCUCUUCCCGAAUGAACAGGACCGUUUCAACCUUUAGGAAUUAUACACGCCGCCUGCAUCUGAUUUAAAGACGAUAGAAGCUCGGGCGCAAACCCGGGUGCAAUGUUAGCACCAUGGAAGCCGAUUGGGAUGAACUGUCGCGCAUUCCGGUGCCACCUCCAAGCCCACAUGGUAUGCCAACGAUUGCGACAGCAAUAGCCUUUGAUGAUGUGAUGGAAUUGUUGUGGGCUGGGAACGAAUAUGGCCGAAUCACUUCCUUUUGCGGUCCAGAAUUACAGAGGUAUACCUCCGUCCGAGCACACCCAGUUUCCGAAGGCCCCGUACGGCAGAUACUGUUUCAUGAUAGAGGCGUGAUAUCGUUGUCUUCGAAGAGUGUGCAUAUGAUAACCCGGCGUGGCCUGACGCAAUGGCACAUUACUCAUGAGGACAUGACGGAUCUACGCUGCAUGAGUUUCACAGCACAACUGAACAAAGUUAUAGUAGCGGGAUGUCAGAAGUCAAUGUUCACAAUUGAUAUCGAUAAGGGACACAUAGUCGACAAGCUGCCGACCGAAUAUAAUUAUACUAUGAUGAAAAAGAGUCGAUAUCUUUGUGCUGCGACAGAUACCGGAUCAGUGAACGCCUUGAGUCUCACUGAUUUUCGUGUCGUUAAGUCUUGGAAGGCUCACGGAACAGCUGUUAAUGAUAUGGAUGCUAGGAAUGACCUUCUGGUCACCUGUGGAUUUUCGGUUCGACAUCUGGGAUCACCGAUCGUCGACCCCUUGGCCAACGUUUAUGACCUCAAGACACUAUCACCAUUACCUCCUAUACCUUUCCAUGCUGGAGCUGCGUAUGUACGCAUGCAUCCUAAACUGCAUACCACCAGUUUUGUUGCGUCACAGACCGGUCAGCUGCAGGUGGUCGACCUUAUGAACCCUAACGCAAUCAAUCUCCGCCAAGCCAAUGUUUCGUUCAUGCUUGGGAUCGAUUUGUCGCCCUCUGGGGAGGCAUUAGCCAUAAAUGAUGCCGAGUGUGCGAUCCACUUGUGGGGCUCUCCAUCGAAAGUACAUUUCAAUGAGAUGAGCAAGGAAGUUGAAUUUGCGGAUGUACCUGCCCGACCUCCACCCCUUGACUGGUCACCGGAUACGCCCUUGAGUAUGAUUGGGAUGCCAUAUUACCACGAGCGGCUGUUUUCUGCUUGGCCAAGCCACCUUGUUUUUGAGAUUGGCAACCCGCCGGCCCCUACUGACCAAGCACUAAUUCCCUACCUACGUCCCGCGGAGAUUGGGCACUAUGCACCGAACCCGAAAAAGACUCGACGAAAUCAAGUAGAGAAUACUCGCGCGAUGGCCAAUUCGGAACCUGCCCUUAUCGCGCCGAAGUUCCUGAGCGAAAAGGCAAGAGAACAAAGUAAGGCGAAGUCGGAUGGCCUCGUUACUGAUACGGCGGAGACACUUGCGGGCACGAAGCUUAACGGCGAAGCAGAGGACGACCCUCUUCUCAAGUACAGUAAUGUCGAGAUCAAAUACAGCCGAUUUGGUGUCGAUGAUUUCGACUUUCGAUUCUAUAACCAGACUAAAUUCUCUGGUCUAGAGACACACAUUGCAAACUCCUUCACAAACGCUCUCCUCCAGCUAUUCAAGUUCAUCCCGUUGAUACGAAAUGUAGCACUCCACCACGCCGCAAGCACAUGCAUAUUUGAGAACUGCCUCCUAUGUGAGAUGGGCUAUCUCUUCGAUAUGCUUGAGAAAGCCGACGGUCAAAACUGCCAAGCGACAAAUCUUCUAAAAACUUUCGGUAGUUUUCGGGAAGCCUCCAGUUUGGGGCUGCUUGAAGAGAAUUUGACGAAUAAGGCGUUGUCUACUUCAAUUCAGGCUGUCAACAGAUUUUUCCUUGGCCAAAUUUCUCAUGAUUUCCGCAUGAUCCUCCCGAGCUCAGAUGACCUCGACCAUAAAUUAGCAACCGUUGCUUCCGAGUCUAUUCGCUGCAUGUUUUGCCAGAAGGAAAUUGUCCGACCAGGGAACUCGCUGGUUAAUGAGUUAAUUUACCCGGCAAUUGAUAUAAAGCAGAUCCGUAGGAACCCUGCGUACCGUUUCUCAAACAUUUUACGGGCAAGCAUUGAGCGCGAGACUCAAAACAGAGGAUGGUGCAAUUACUGCCGACGUUACCAACAAGUGGCUAUUCGGAAGACAGUACAUCGCAUGCCACUCGUUAUGAUGCUCAACACCGCACUAAAUAAUCCUAUCUGCAAACGGCUUUGGGCAAUUCCCGGAUGGGGAAGACCUUCGAAUGCGGAUGCAGAACAACAUGCCGGGCCUGUGGUAUAUGAAUUGGUAGGCGUGGUUUCAGAAAUUGAUAUUCCUGAGCAUCAGAAAGCUCAUCUAGUCUCCUUUAUUAAUGUGUCAAUCUCCUCGCGCGAGCCGGAGACUGCAAAUAAGUGGCAUCUGUUCAAUGACUUCCUGGUCACGGAGGUAGACAAGGAUGAAGCGCUCCGAUUCAAUCAACCGUGGAAAGUGCCGUGUGUGCUGGCAUACCAGGUGAAGGAUGCUCGCCACGCCAUGGAUGAUAACUGGAAGAACGCCCUUGACACGACUCUUCUUUACCGUGAUUGGUCACUUAAUGGCGGUCGCUCCGUGGAAUCACUUGCUACUCUUUCAGAGGAAGAGAAGCCGAGUCCUGGUACUCCUGUUGCCCUUGAUACCGAAUUUGUUGAUCUCGAAAAAGCAGAGAUCGAUGUGAAAGCCGAUGGUUCUCAAGAAAUUGUACGGCCCAGCAAGAGUGGCCUUGCUCGAGUUUCCGUUCUUAGAGGCUCCGGGACUCGAGAAGGCGUACCUUUUAUCGAUGAUUAUAUCACCAUUAAAGAGACAAUCGUUGACUAUGUCACUCAAUACUCUGGUAUUAAACCCGGUGACUUAGACCCGAGGACUAGUCAGCACAAUCUUGUCCCACUUAAAGUCGCAUAUAAGAAGUUGUGGCUACUCCUCAAUUUGGGAUGCAUUUUUGUCGGGCACGGAUUAGCCUCCGAUUUCCGCAAAAUCAAUAUCCAAGUCCCCAAAAGUCAGACAGUCGAUACACAAUAUUUGUUCUUCCACCCAGGUAAGAAUCGGCGUCUCAGUCUCCGAUACUUAGCCUGGGCUGUGUUCAAGGAAUAUAUCCAAGAAGAACCCACCGACAAUAACCAAGGGCAUGACUCCAUUGAAGAUGCACGCAUGGCCCUCCGUCUUUGGAAGAAGUUCCAGGAAUAUGAAGACGCAGGGGUGGUCUCACAAAUACUUGAGGAGCUAUUCCGCGAGGGAUCCAAACUAGGAUUCCGACCACCAGCUCGAAACGGCGCUACAGCCGUUUUAUCACGGCCUGGAACUGCAGUGACGAUGCAGAAUAAUAGCGGUAGAAACACCCCCAGCACUCCUGAAGUGACCGCCCCUGCUGCCAGUGCGCCCACCACGCCCAGACAGGGAUUCCGACGCUCGGUUGCUCUGACCCCGAGCAAUGGCAGCUUUGCUGGCCCGGGAACAGGAGACUUUUUUGGUGGGAGUCCAUUGAAAUGA